CCGGCUGUCUGUAUGGUUCCUAGGGGAGGGGUUCCUGAACACUAAAUCAAAAGUGCUAACCUUGCUUUGUAUUGUGUUUUUUUCGGGACACGAUGCGUUCAUUAGGUCGUCAUUCUGCCAUACACCUUCAGCUCCAAGGACACAAAGAUCAGAAACAAGGAUAGCAAGAAGGACCAGAAGGCUCCCAAGAGUGCCCUGUCUCCACAGGAAAAGGAGGAGAAGGAGGCCAGGGAGCACAAGCGGUUCUUCGUCAUCAAGGUCCAGUACGGCGACGACCUCCCCAGUUGGAUGAUCGAGCGCAGCCUGGACGACUUUGUGCGACUUUACGAGUCCUAUCACCCCCCCAUUCCUGAGCAACCUAUCCUCUUCCAAUCACUUAAGCUUCCAAAACCACCAGCCUUCCUUCGCUCUCGCUUCCGGAUGAAUAGUAGGGCAGCGACCAUGAACGACGCGGAUGGUAACCAAGCUGGCCAGAGCUCGGAGGACCAGAGUCAGGAACCGCCAAUAGACGCCUUCGAUCCGAAAUGGGCGAAAAACCUGACCUCAGAGCUGCAGACGUUCCUACAGGACAUGAUUCGAUAUGCCAUGUAUCUCCCGGGAGCAGAGCGCAUGUGCAAAUUCUUGGAGCUUUCGGCAUUGACACUGGCUCAUGUCCCCGAUGGAGGGUAUCAAGGAAAGGAGGGAUAUCUGACCGUGGUCAAGCAGAAACGACUCAUGGAUGAAGGCCCGCUCACAAACGCCGUCAAGAAGGUCUAUCACAAGCCCGUCUCGAAAUACUUUAUCGUUCGCGAUUCGUUCAUCAUUGUUGCAGCCAGCCAUAAGAAUACCGAGAUCCAGGAUGUCAUCCUACUCGACUCCUCCUUCAAGGCCAACAAAUGUCCUCGCCAUAUCCAUGCUCCCCACUCAUUCGACAUCAUCAAUUCUGAGCUCAAAUUCCACCUUCGCGCCAAAUCAGACCUCCGUCGACGCCAAUUUGUCGAUAGUAUUCGCAAGAUGCCAUCUCUCUGGAAGGAACCCAAGCGCUUCAAUAGCUUUGCUCCCGUCCGAAGGAAUGUGAGUGCGCAGUGGCUUGUGGAUGGUCGCGACUACUUCUGGAACGUCGCCAAGGCCAUGGAAAUGGCUAAAGAGACCAUCUAUAUUCUGGAUUGGAUGCUCUCCCCCGAGAUUUUACUCCGCCGUCAUCAACAAGAUGGUGUCGACUGGUCGCUGAAGGAAGUCCUGGGGCGUAAAGCAUGCGACGGCGUCAAGAUCUACAUUGUCAUGUACAGCGAGGUGGAUGCCGCCAUGCACUUGGCGUCGCUGAGGGCCAAGAGGCUGCUCCGGAAAAUCUGCCCUGAGAACAUUUGGAUUCAACGUCAUGGCCCAAACCUAAAGACGGCGUGGUGGGCUCAUCAUGAGAAGCUCAUUGUGAUCGAUAACAUGAUUGCAUUCAUCGGAGGGCUCGAUCUCUGCUUCGGACGGUGGGACACUGCCGAGCACACACUAGUUGAUCUUGAAGAAAGCGAGCUUGGUCACCACUGGCCAGGACAGGACUAUUGCAACCCUCGAAUCAAGGACUUCAGUGAUCUCUCCAAGCCAGACGUGGACACGAUCGAUCGUACCGAAAACCCCAGAAUGCCCUGGCACGAUGUCGGUCUCCAGAUCCUCGGUCAACCAGCGAGAGACGUCGCUCGCCAUUUUAUUCAGCGCUGGAACUUUUUGUGCAGGACAAAGCCCAAGCAGACAAAGAUCCCAUUCUUGCUCCCCAAGCCCGACAUACAUUUGUCCAAGCUGAACGAGAUGGGACUUCAGGGCACAUGCGAGCUCCAAAUCUUGCGUUCUGUGUCCUCUUGGUCGAUGGGUGUCAAGGAUCCGGAAUGCAGUAUCCUUACAGCAUACAUUGCCGCCAUUGAGCGCGCAGAGCACUUUAUUUAUAUCGAAAAUCAAUUCUUCAUCACCUCCACAAACGUGAACAAUAUCAUUGUCCACAAUAGCAUUGGACGAGCUCUGACUGACAGGAUUAUCAAGGCACAUAAGGAGAAUAAGAAGUUCAGAGUGAUUGCUGUAUUACCCCUGGUGCCUGGAUUCGAGGGAGGUAUCAACACACCUGCAGCAACGUCUGUGCGCAUGGUCAUGCUAAGUAUCUACGAGACGAUCUGCCACGGAAAGAACUCGAUCUACGGUCGAUUGGCCGCCGCAGGAGUUCCCAAACCCCACAAGUACAUUUCCUUCUACGGACUCCGGAACUGGGCAAAGUUUGGAGAAAAGUUCAUUACGGAGCAGGUUUACAUCCACGCCAAGAUGAUGAUUGUCGACGAUCGCAUUGCCAUUAUUGGUUCAGCCAACAUCAACGAGCGCUCCAUGCUCGGUAAUCGUGACUCGGAAAUUGCGGCUGUUGUCAGAGAUCAGGAUUAUAUCGACUCGACUAUGAACGGUGUCCCUUACAAGGUCUCUCGUUUCGCCCAUACGCUACGAAUGAACUUGAUGAUGGAGCACCUGGGUCUGCCAGCAGGGCACGAGCAUCGGACUGGGGCUAUGAGCACGGUUGAUCAGGGCGAGGUCCCUUUUACAGAACUCGAUUUCGUCGACCCUGUCCACCCCGCGUUCUUCGAGGACGUCUGGAAGCACUACGCCGAGUCCAAUACAAUGAUCUUCAGGGAAAUGUUUAAAUGCAUCCCCGACAAUACCGUCAAGUCCUGGGCCGACUACAUGCAGUUCAACGCUCAAUCCAAUGUAGAGGAUCCUCGUGUGAAGGAAGAACGGACUUUGAAGGAUAAGACGAUUAACAAGAUCCUGGGACCGACGAUGGGCGAGCACUUUAGAUCGCGAGGCGAGAGCAGUGAAGAUGAAGACGACGACUUUGAGACCAUUGACGGCAUGGCAGCCAAGAGGGCUUUUGUGGACGACGACUCUGCGGAGGACGAAGGUUCGUUGCAGGACAGGAUUAAGGAUGAGAGGACUGCACAUCAUGGAUCAUUAGGCAAGAGUAUGAGAGGGCGAAACAAGGACAAGAAAAACAUGACAAAGUCUGCGGCGGAUCUUCGUACAGACGAGGAGGUCACGCCCAAGGGGAAGGCCAUGGAGAAGACACUGGAGAAGGAUGAAACGCAGGCCAAGCACGAGCAAGAGGAGAGGAAGGAGGCUCGACACUCUGGGAGGGCAGAACCGACGCCGACGGAGCCUCAGUCGCCAAGGAGCAAUGUCAAGCGAACCGCGAGCGCGCUGGCAAAGUCGAACGAUGUCCGUGUGGCCAUGGAGGCUGAUUUGAGCAAGGUGCAGGGACAUCUCGUGGAGUGGCCCCUGGACUUUUUACGCGACGAGAUCGAGUCCCACAACUUUUGUUAUCCAAAGGACUACAACCACCCGAUCGAUCUCUACACGUAGACAGGUGCUAAUCGGACCUCCCCUGCUAUUUUUAUCAAGGAUACCCAAUUAUCAUAUCAUAUCAUAUCAUGGUCGUUACUGUAAUACCUCUU